AUGCCCAAGAAAGAGGACGGUGCCCUUCCAACCGAGGAUGACAGAAAAGAUUCUCUCCCAGUCAGCGCCUUCACCAAACACCUCCAAACUCCAACCAUCGCCCUCCACACCGAAACCCAAUCAUACAACAUCCACCCCACCCUUCUACAGACCAAAUGUCCCAUCCUGUACGCCCUCCUCACCAACCCCAACUACGAAUGCCAGGAAUUCGGCGACCUCUAUCUCCAGCGAAACCAAGGCAUCGUGUCCGCAUUCCUAGACUGGAUAUACACCGGCACUUAUCCCCUGAACAUCGACGUCGACGACGACAGAGUCGCCACCCCCACAUCAACUGAUGACAAAGUCCCCAAGGACCAAGCCAUCACCAACUCCCUCCCCCACCAUAUCCGCGUCUACAUCUUCGCCGGCUCAUACCACAUCACUCGUCUCAAAGAUAUCGCAUUCAAACACAUCUGCUACAUAACCGAUGACUAUCAUUGGUGUGCCUCGGACUGUAUCACCACCUCCCCUCUGAUUGCGAGUGCCCGGCUAGCACUUACAUCUCUGGCCAUCGUUGAUCCCCUGACCAGUUGUAUCCUGGAAUUGAUGGCCUCGAAGAUCGAGAAGGUAAAAAUGGAAGCGGGAUUUCCGGCCCUGAUUCGGGAUUUUCCGGACUUUGCUCUGGGGUUGAUUGAUUUGCUGGGACCUUUUGAUAAGUCUGACGGUUGGUAG